GUAUUUCACCUCUAAGUUAGGGAAAAGAAUAUAAUUAUAUAGAAUAGCUAUAACGUCUAAGCUUAACCAGUUCGAUGUAAAGUGAGUUGUAUCUGAGGAUAGCAUAUAAUGGAAUUAAAGACAAUUCCCACUGCAAAAGUGUGCACCCAAAAGGCCCUAUCAUACGACUUUAUGCUUCUACACUUGAUCCUUUUUGAAGUGAAUGCGUUCUUAGGAAGUACUAUGUGUUCGUACUGGCACUAGACUGUUGACAUUGACGGCUCAAAAGUAAUUUGAAAUGCGAUUUUUUUUGUCAAUGGGGCUCAUUCUAUUUACCUUGGUGUUUGGUGUUUACUUAGGGUGAAUUUGAACGCACCCCAAUGCGUUUUUAUUAGUUAGGUAUUCUUCUCAAUUUGUAAUUACUUCGGAUAGUUUAAACAACAGGAAGAAGUUUUAUCGGGCUCGAAUAUUACGGACUCGAAAAUAAGUGAAAAGUAGAUUUUGUCAUAUAGUCGUCGGCUCACAUUCAAAUGGUCAUUUCUAGAAGCAGCGGAGCAUCCGACCUAAAAUGAUCCAUUUUAUUAAGCCUCAUUAAUUUCCAUUGCUAUGCUGACAAGUUGCCUUGGUGAUCAAUUAAUGAUUUUAUAAAAAUUUCGACGCCCAAAUCAUUGGGAAAUGAGAGAUAAAAUAGGACUAUAUAAGCAAUUGAGAGUUUCAUUAUUAUCAUUUUUAUUUGUUUAAAAAGGGGCUUAUGAACCCUGGACCGCUUUAGAAAAGUAUUGUAUUUUUUUUAUCUUUUCAUAAUUGCGUGUCUUUCCCCGAGGGGGAAUUGCACUCUUGGUUUUCUAUUUCCAGCCGAGGUAUUGUCUAGUUUUUUGUGUGUGGCCAAUUAGACGAAAGCAGAAUAACAUAAAAAUGAUUACCGAGAAUAGUACAGUAGCAGCAAGGAAUAUACGUGACGACUCCAAAACGGUCCAGCGAAUGGUUCAUUCGGUCAAAUUAUAGUUCCCCUUCAAUUUAUAAACACCUUGGGGAAGCUUAAAAGCCUUUUCGGCAUAGGAUAGCUACAGGAAGAGGUCAACUCAAAUGUAAGUGCCUAUGUUUCUAGUUUUGCCGAGUUUUGUCAUUCGAUAUGUUACGAAUUGUAGUUAUCUUAUUUUGCCAAAAACUUAAAAACAAGAACAAACACAUACCUGAAAAGCUCUAUUGGAGUAACCAUCUCUUUAAAAAACAAAAAAAAACUUCUUGCUCUAUUAAAUGUAGAAAAGGGCUUCAAAUGAGAGGAAAAAGGGUAAUUAAGACUAGCAUUUAGCAUCUGACACUUUUGAAGGGACCAAAAAUACUUAAUGUCAAAAACGGGAAAAGGAAAUCUUGUAAUAGCUCCCCUAUCUCUAUCCCCCCCACCCCUCCUUGAUACAAUAAUAUAUAGCUUUUGCGGUAUAUCUAAUAAAUAGAACAGCCCAUAGUAUCAACUAUUUACUUUGCGGGAAAGAAUUGAUGUAGAAGUGAUGGUCGAAUAGUUUCGAGGACUCGUUAGAACAAAGUCCUGAGGAUACAUCUAUUGAUUAACCCCAUAUGUGAGAGGCCUUCAUUCUAAGAGCGGCGCGUGCCACGGAAAUGACACUGCGGCAUUUUCGCAGUAUGAGCUUGUUGUAUCCUGUGCAGAGACGCGAAGAAAGUACCAGCAAGUGCUUUAGACGCAAAGCUUAUACCGUGGAUAUUUUGUGUAGUGCUCAGAAACAAAGCACAAAGCUAAAAACAAAAAUAUGGCCUGGUAACUUUGAGAUAUUUUUGGUAGUGUUGUGUAGAACAAACAAAAUUGCUAUCAAAUUCAUUAACUCAAAUUAGAAGAAGCCAAUAACACAAAGGAUUCACUUUAAUCAAUUUCGCGUGAAAUCGUUAAAUAUUUACCUUCAUAACCUUGAGAUGAAUAUAAUUCUAUUGUUUCAUUUCGCCAAUCAGAGGGUGAUCCCAUUAACGGGGGACCCCUGAACCCUUUUAUUUGUCUUUCAAAUUAAAUACUGAGAUAGUUGAAAUUGGGUUUUAAACAAGUACAAAAACAGCAAUCGUUCUCUAAGCUGUUCCCAGUACAAAAUUAGAGAUGGUUAAGGAAAUCUGGCUCGUUUAAUGGACACAGGCAAGAAGAUAUGCUAGACGAUGUGAUGAAAUACAUUAAGUUGAGGAAAUCUACUUGAGGGAAGCUAUAUAUCCAUCACUUGCCCUCGGAAUAACGAGUAAUCACAAAUAUCAUCAGGGGAAAAAACUUUCGAUAUCCUCGAUGGCUCAAGCCUAACAUAGUCAACCGUGUAGUUUUAACAAUUACUGUUGCUUCUCUUCUCCGCGUCGUGCGGCUAACGAUACGAUAACGCCCGAAACAAUAGACUCUCGACACCGAAAAAAGCCACGCAAAAGAUUAACUCGUUCUAAGCAUUUGCAUAACCACAUAACUGAAAGCUGAAUCUAUACCAGACGGCACUCAGGAGCGACAGCUUGCAAACAUGGAUGUAUCUAAUCAUACAAAUGAGACGCUACAAGCAGGCGGAGCAGGUGGCACUGACAUGGCGGUCAGGAAUUUCUUGUUAGUUUAUUACACCCUGCUCCUAGUAUCUACUGUGGCGGGGAAUUCCCUGGUGUGUCUGGCGAUCUGCCUGGACCAUCGACUGCGCAACUCGACCAAUUGGUUUAUCGCGAGCUUGGCAGUUGCCGAUUUGCUGUACGGGUUGAUAGGGUUGCCAUUUCGGAUUGUGCAGACUUCAGGGACGCGUGUUUUUACUUUGAAUGAGUGUUUCUUGUGGAUCUGGGCAGACAUGGUGUGCGCUGCGGCUUCUAUUGCGAACUUGGCGGUGAUCAGUGUGGAUAGGUACCUAAAAAUCACUAAGCCUUUCCAGUAUCACAUACGCAUGACGCACAAGCGCGCGCUGCUCGCCGUAGUAGCAGUGUGGAUCUACUCCGCGAUCUUGGCGUCGCUGUCAAUAAUGCCAUGGCCAGGCGCGAAGGGCGUGCACCUUUUUGAGCAAUCCUGCACGAACUUGAAUCAAGUGUUCUACACUGUCGCCAACAUCGUGGCCUUUAUCCUUCCGCUUUUAAUUCUCGUGCUUAACUAUGUAAUGGUGUAUGUGGAAGCCCUGAAGCAGUUCCGCAAAAUGAAGAUCUUGACUGUCGCCACGCAGUGCAAAGAGGAGAAACGCAAACAGCGCAGCGUAAUCCGCGAUUUCAAAGCGACCAAGACCCUAGCAGUUGUGCUCGGCACGUUUACUAUAUGCUGGUGUCCGUUCUUUAUUCUGUUCACGGUGACGCAGUACAGACCUCUCGUGCUGUUCUCCUUGCCACCCGGGUGGCGCGAGUUUGUGUUCUACAUGACCUACUGUGUGUUGCCAAACCUGAACUCCGCGUGUAACCCGUUCAUAUACGCGUACUUUAACAGCGAAUUCAGGAGAGCCUUCCGGAAGAUCUUGCUCCGCUCAUGCCCGAGUCCCUCGGAGGGCGACUACGAUUACGCUCGUGGAAGACGAAGAAGUUCGCUUAGUUACUUCCAGCACCACCAGACCCAUACAGGGACAUCUCCACUGGAAACCUCCCCAUUACGGCGCAGCAGUAACCAUAACAACAAUAUGUCAUUAUCCGACAGUAGGACUGAUGUAUAGCGGUUCAUAUGGGUAUACGAUGCCACGCUCUGCCGUGAUUAACCCUCUCGUGGGGUUCACGCGGUUCUUAUUGGGGUAUACGAUGCCACGCCCUGCCGUGAUUAACCCUCUCGUGGGGUUCACGCGGUUCUUAUUGGGGUAUACGAUGCCACGCACUGCCGUAUUUACCCUCUCGUGGGGUCCACGCGGUUCUUAUUGGGAUAUACGAUGCCACGCACUGCCGUGAUUAACCCUCUCGUGGGGUUCACGCGGUUCUUAUUGGGGUAUACGAUGCCACGCACUGCCGUGAUUAACCCUCUCGUGGGGUCCACGCGGUUCUUAUUGGGGUAUACGAUGCCACGCACUGCCGUAAUUUACCCUCUCGUGGGGUUCACGCGGUUCAUAUGGGUAUACGAUGCCACGCACUGCCGUAAUUUACCCUCUCGUGGGGUCCACGCGGUUCUUAUUGGGGUAUACGAUGCCACGCACUGCCGUGAUUAACCCUCUCGUGGGGUCCACGCGGUUCAUAUGGGUAUACGAUGCCACGCACUGCCGUAAUUUACCCUCUCGUGGGGUCCACGCGGUUCAUAUGGGGGUAUACGAUGCCACGCUCUGCCGUGAUUUAACCUCUCAUAGAAAAAAGAGUAAAUAUCGAAACUUCUGAAUGUCAUCUCUGUUGGUCUAUGGCCGAGAGUAAAAUUAAGGAACGCCUGCAUCAGCAAGGGUCAAACCCGCAGAUAAAUGUGUGUGUUUUCCCACAAGCAGGCGAAAAAAUACAAAGAACAAUUAGCAUACGAUAUUUCGCAGUGCAUAGUAACAUAAUUAAAAACUCCUUCUGUUCAAUGCAUUACGGGAAUAAGAAAAUUAAAACCUUAAUUGUCGCGACAAAGAUAUUUAAGUAAAUAUCUUUGUCGCGAUUAAUAAUUAAAGUCGACGGGAGAGCAUGACGAUAAUAAGAUGUCUGCUCUAAAGAGCUACUUAAAAUAAAAGAAUGGCGGUGUUUCGUAAGUUUUCACAUCAGCUUGCUCAUGGGCUUUUCUUCUAGACCGCAAAUAUUUAUAAAGUCGACUAAAUAAAUACGAAGUCAAAUUCGAAUUUCUCCACUUAGUGCAACGAGCGGGCAAGAUUGACCGCUAAAGUAAAUAGACCAAAUAACUGCUCGCCACAGUGUAAAUGAUAUCGGAAGAGUUGUUAGCCGAAAAAAAACACAGAUUGAUACAAACCCAACAGGCACGCACGGCAAGAACCGCAAAGUGCCUAGAUAAAUUUCUAAACGGGUUGGCCAGGGGAGGGGGCUGUAAUUUAAAAAAAAUACAUUUUACAGAGGGAAAAGUCAUAUAACAUAAGGAAAAUAAAAAAGUGCCACAAAAGUGCGGUGGAAUAUCUAGGGGUAAAAUAACGGCUUCGGAAUACCAGUCCACAUAUUUACACUUUCUUGUAUUUACUGGCUUGUUCUACAGAAAUCAAGGUGUAAAGAUUGUUGGGUAAAAAAAUAUUUUACUAGCUUGUGUCUUGAUUAGGGCACAAGUUUUUAGUUCAAUUAUUUACUUGGUAUUGAUUGUGUCAGGCCUUAUAAAGGCGUGCCACGCUCAGUAUAUUAAGACCCUAGUAAAAGAGUACUGUUUUUCGCCGUUUAUUAGAAAUUGUUUUAAAGACGUAAACAAAGUAUGGACAUUUUGUUAAGAUUUGCGUAAAAAAUAUUUUUUUAUCAAAGCCACAAAACAAGUUAUUAGACGUGACCCCUAUAGCCUUACGAUAUAACGAAUAAAAUUGUAUUUACUUAUAUGAAAUAAAUUAUAUAUUUAUAGGUAUUAAGUAAUUAGAAGUAGCGUUUGCAGGACGAUUGCUUCGUUGUUUCACGCUAGCUUAGGAAGAAAGCUGUAGAUAAUUCGAAUGAGCAGUAAUCAUCGUACACUACUGAAACGUAUUAUUUACAGUCAAAUAAACAUGUCAAAGAUUAAAAAA